GGAAAGUGUGGACCAAGAGAUGGACAGAGACGAAGGGGAUGAAAAAGGAUUAAGAUGUGUUAUACACAUAUAGCAGAUCCCCACAAGAACAGAUCGGGCAACACUGUGCCUCACAUUCACCUUCCUCUCCUUUCAGCUGACCACUCAGGAGCUGAUUAAACCUCAUCUUGCCUUGGCCCAGGUCUUUUCCAAUGCAUCCUGACCUGCACUGCCUGCCUUUAGUUUCAUGAAAUACCCACUGGUAAAAAUGUUUCAUGGAAUUAAAAUUAAUAUUUAGAAAGUAGAGCAAUUAUGAAUUUAGGAAAAUCUGUAAUAGAAGUUCAUUUGGGAGAGAACAUGCUUUCAUUUCGUCCUGGAAGGAUGAUGUUUGGUAAAGGAGUAUCUUCAGAAAUUUUGAGACGAUUAAUUUUAUUUCUGAGAUUUGUGGAUCUAGAGAGCAGUCUGGUCUAGAGAAAGUAUGUUUUAGGCACUUAGAAAAAUAGAGCCACAUGUAUAUACAUAGCUACAGGAUGACUCGCUUUAAGAUGCGAUGAAGAGAUAGUGCCCUGAAGCUGGAUUUAAUGAUUAAAAAACUUAUUAAGUGUAAAACAUUGAAAAAGUAAAAGGUAUCAGUAUCCCCAACCACUCAUCAAUGCUUUGGGAGUGUUUGGUCAAUAGGAUUAUAUAUGGUUUCAUUUUUAAGAUUAUAUCGCAACCAUUUCCUUCAGGUAAGUACCUUCUACUAGAUCUUUUAUUCUUUGAGCUUAGUUGCAAAGGUUGUGCGGGGAGUUCUCCUAAAUUUAUCAUCUUACCUAACCACGCAUAUAAUCAAACUAGGAGAUUAACAUUGGUACAAUACUAUUACCUAAGGACCUUAUUUGCAUUUCUAUGUUUUAUUGAUAAUAUUAUUAUAUACGUUCAUGAUUGUCCUCUUACGGUCCCAGGCUCCAUCCAGUCCAGUAUCCCAAAAGGCAGUGGGAUGUCAUGUCUUCCUAGUCUGCUCCAAUAUGUAACAGUUUUUCAGUCUUUUUUUCUGACUUUAAAUUGUUUCUAGUUAUUUGAUACCAUUCAUGAUGUUUGAUAUAUAUACUCUGAAUUUUUUCUUUCCAUAAUUUAGUUUGUGUGUGUGUUUUGAGACAUGGUCUCGCUGCGUAAUUCAGGCCGGGCCUCCAACUCACGGCGAUCCACCUGCCUCGGUCUCUCAAGUCCUGGGAUCACAGGCACGCGCCACUACCGCAGGCUUCCUCCAUAAAUUAGUUUUCUAACAGGGAAAACUAACGGAUGUCGGAAAAGUUUGUGCUCCUAGUUUUGCGCUAAGCGGUGUCAACUGUCACCAGGGCGAUCCCAGCUGCACCCACACUACCGGCAGCAACAGACAGGCAGCAGGUCAGGGAGCUCAUGAAGGCCCCACCGGCCAGGUGACUGGAUGCAGGUGCUAAAGUGCGAACCAAACGUAGCAAUAAAGUUAUUAAUGUCGAGGAUGAGACUUCCGAUAGAGGCAUGCCCGUUUCCGCCAGAGAGCGUCUCCUUCCCCCUCUUCUCGUCAGCCGGACCGGAAACACUUGUAACCCUUUUAAAGCGACGUCAUCCCAGCUUUGGUCCCGCCCACACACGGUGUAAGUGUUUCCGGGUCAGGGCGCUCCGGCCCGCCUCGCACCGUCGCCACUGGCUUAGUGCUGGAAGUCCCGGCGCUCCCGGAAGUUCCCCAGCCUCUCGGUUGGGGUUCCCUGCACCCCGCCGCUGCUGAGGCCCCCAGGAGCGGCGGCGAUGGCGGAGGCGGCGCUGCUGCUGCUGCCCGAGGCGGCGGCCGAGCGGGACGCGCGGGAGAAGCUGGCUCUCUGGGAUCGGAGGCCUGACACGACGGCGCCGCUGACCGACAGGCAGACGGACUCGGUGCUGGAGCUGAAGGCGGCGGCGGAGGACCCGCCAGUGCCGGCCGAGCUCCCAAUUGAAGACUCAUGCAGCUUAACUUCCCAGUCACUGCCCAUUGACCAGACUUCGAUUGUGCCUGAAUCUACAGAAGACGUUCUCUUGAAGGGUUUUACUUCCUUAGGAAUGGAAGAAGAAAGAAUUGAGACUGCACAGCAGUUUUUCUCGUGGUUUGCAAAACUGCAAACUCAGAUGGAUCAGGAUGAAGAAAUAAAAUAUAGACAGAUGAGGGAUUACUUGUCUGGGUUUCAGGAGCAGUGUGAUGCUAUAUUGAAUGAUGUAAACAGUGCUCUUCAGCACCUGGAGUCAUUGCAGAAGCAGUAUCUUUUUGUGUCUAAUAAGACAGGAACCCUACAUGAAGCCUGUGAACAGCUCCUAAAAGAACAGUCGGAACUUGUUGAUCUGGCUGAAAAUAUUCAACAAAAGCUUUCUUAUUUUAAUGAAUUGGAAACUAUUACUACAAAAUUGAAUUCUCCUACGUUGUCUGUGAAUAGUGAAGGGUUUAUACCUAUGCUGGCCAAGUUAGAUGAUUGUAUAACCUAUAUUUCAUCUCAUCCUAAUUUUAAAGAUUACCCUGUAUAUUUACUGAAGUUUAAACAGUGUCUUUCGAAAGCAUUGCACCUAAUGAAGACAUACACAGUGAACACACUACAGACACUCACAAAUCAGUUACUUAAAAGGGACCCUUCAUCUGUACCAAAUGCAGACAAUUCCUUUACACUAUUUUAUGUGAAGUUUCGAGCUGCUGCCCCCAAAGUCAGAACCCUUAUUGAACAAAUAGAAGAACGAUCUGAAAAGAUACCUGAAUAUCAGCAGCUGCUCAAUGACAUCCACCAAUGUUACCUUUUCCAACGGGAGCUCCUUUUGGGCCCUAGUAUUGCCUGUACUGUCACAGAGUUAACCAGCCAAAAUAAUAGAGACCAUUGUGCCUUGAUUCGCAGUGGCUGUGCCUUCAUGGUCCAUGUGUGCCAGGAUGAGCACCAACUUUACAAUGAAUUUUUCACAAAGCUGACACCAAAAUUAGAUGAACUUUUGGAGAAACUGUGUAUGUCAUUGUACGAUGUCUUCAGGCCGUUGAUCAUUCAUGUCAUUCACCUAGAGACUCUGUCUGAACUUUGUGGGAUUCUUAAAAAUGAAGUGCUUGAAGAUCAUGUACAGAACAAUGCUGAACAACUAGGGGCAUUUGCAGCUGGAGCAAAGCAGAUGUUGGAAGAUGUACAAGAGCGGCUUGUGUAUCGAACCCAUAUCUAUAUUCAGACAGACAUCACAGGCUACAAACCAGCUCCCGGCGACCUAGCAUAUCCUGAUAAGUUAGUCAUGAUGGAGCAAAUUGCACAGAGUUUGAAAGAUGACCAGAAGAAGUUACCUUCAGAAGCUUCAUUUUCAGAUGUUCAAUUAGAAGAAGCAGAGUCUGAUAGUCUAACAAAAUCUGUUUUAGGUUCGACAGAAUCCCUCAAUCCUAGACCACAAGCCACAAUUUCUCCAGCAGAUCUUCAUGGAAUGUGGUACCCUACAGUUCGAAGAACUCUUGUCUGUCUCUCCAAAUUAUACAGAUGCAUAGAUAGGGCCGUGUUCCAAGGGUUAUCACAGGAAGCAUUGUCAGCCUGCAUUCAGUCCUUACUUGGAGCAUCAGAGUCUAUCAGCAAAAACAAGACUCAGAUUGAUGGACAGCUUUUCUUAAUUAAGCACCUUCUGAUUCUUCGUGAACAAAUUGCUCCAUUUCACACUGAAUUCACCAUUAAGGAAAUUUCCCUGGACCUCAAGAAAACUAGAGAUGCAGCAUUUAAAAUCCUGAACCCUAUGACUGUUCCAAGAUUUUUUAGGCUGAAUAGCAACAAUGCCUUGAUAGAGUUCUUGUUGGAGGGUACUCCUGAGAUAAGAGAACAUUAUCUCGACUCUAAGAAAGACGUAGACCGGCAUCUGAAAUCAGCCUGUGAGCAGUUUAUUCAGCAGCAGAGCAAGCUGUUUGUAGAGCAGCUGGAGGAGUUCAUGACAAAGGUUUCAGCAUUAAAAACAAUGGCCAGCCAGGGAGGUCCCAAGUAUACCCUCUCCCAGCAGCCUUGGGCACAACCAGCAAAGGUUAGUGACCUUGUGGCAACUGCGUAUAAGACAAUAAAAGCAAAGCUGCCUGUGACAUUGAGAAGCAUGUCGCUGUACCUAUCCAAUAAAGAUACAGAGUUCAUCUUAUUUAAACCUGUUAGGAAUAACAUUCAGCAAGUCUUUCAGAAGUUCCAUGCUCUGUUGAAGGAAGAGUUCAGCCCCGAAGACAUCCAGAUCAUUGCUUGUCCUUCCAUGGAACAGGUAAACCUCUUGCUGUCCGUUCCUAAAUAAACAGGCUGGUCAGGAGGUGGGAAUGGGCCAAGAAGUCUUACAGCCUGCAGGACUCUGAGGAUCCCCACAAGUGUGCUGCCCAGUGCUGACUGCAGAAGAAAGCAUAAACAGAAUGUUGAAAAGAUAGGAGUUUCCCUCUGGAAAACAUCAAAAUGCCAAAGAUGAAUGGAUGUGUAGUGAUCUCAUUUAAAUGGAUGCAAGAAAUGUAAGUUUUUGAGAGGUAGCCAUGAGGAGCUUGAGGUGAAAUGUUUCUUCAUAAAAGUUGUGCAAUAAAAAUAGGUUACAAUAAGUAGUGCUAAGAACUUUAUGGAAAUACAGCUGAUGAGAAAGCUGCUAAAGGUAAGGUUUGCUAUUGCAUGAAACACAGCAAUACUUUGGAAACACUUUUAACCACUGAGCAUUCCACAUUGACUUUUUGAGACAAGGUUUUGCUGUGUAGUUCAGGCUGGCCUUGAACUUACUGUGUAGCCCAGGCUGGCCUUAAACUUCAGGUGAUCCUCCUGCCUCAGAAACCUUAUUUCCAUAUUUUUUGUAAUGUUUCUCCUAUCAUUUGAUGUUUGGUUGGGAGUAGCUUCUGAGAAUGCAUCUCAUUUUGCUGACGAUUCAGGGUGUUAUCUUCCUAUUAGAUGUGAGGGCUUCGUGGACAUCUCCAGGAUCUGAACUCCUUGAACUGCUGUGGCGCAGUGUGUUCAAAGCAGGGAGCUGCAGCCUCUUGCUGUAGGCAGGUAUAGUUCUUCCAUGUGGAUCAUUACGGUACAGCAGUCAGUGGGGUGAGUGGGAAUUACAAAUUACAGUGUUUUCAUGCUUACGUAUAGAGAGGAGGAAUCCUGAUGCAGGUCUCCUGAAUGAAGCUUAGUUACGGUCCUUCUGCAGGCAGCCUCUGUUUGCAGCUGGUAUUUGUAAGAUGAACACUUUGACCUGUGUUAUGUGUCUAGUAGCCUGUGCUGUGCACCAGCCUGGUGGGCCUCCAGCCCUGUCACAGCAGAACAUGUUUUGCCAACACACAUAGGACAGCAAACACUGCCUACAUCUUAGAAACACUGCACCCCAUUGGGGAUCACACAUGAGGCACAACAGCGAGUUUCCUAUAGAUCCCUUCCUCUUUAAAUUUGAAACUAGAGUGACUGUGCCUCUGAUCUUGUAGUAGUAAACAUAGUGUGGUUCUUGUUUCAAAAAGGGUUCCAAGUUCCUUAAACCCUGGUGUGAAGGCGAGAGGGACACUGCCAAGGGGUCUGGACUGGCCGGCGACCCCUCGGUGUCACUGUGCCAGUGCUGUCCACGUGUGUAGUGCAGUGCUUCCCAAGGUGCGGUUGGUUCCAUCCUGGCGUCUGUUGUCUGUAAGGGGUCCCUUGUUUUUUAAUCACCUUUAUUUUGGCAGUGGAUGUUACUUGAUGGAGCUUGUCACUUUGUUUUGAGAAGGUGGAAGAGGACCAUAUUCUUUCUUCACCUUGAAAUGAAUGAAUUAGGAAGAUUGUAUUUACUUGUACUUACUGUUUUAAAUACAUGUUCAUAAGAUAAACUGUAAAAUAUCUGGUUUUGUGUAUUAUAUGUACAUUUGACUUUUAAAUAGCCUUUCCAAAGAAAUGAGGGCAUGAUUAUUGUACUGUAUUGUGACUGAUGUCAUUUGAUAUAUGGAGCAGAGUGUAUUCUUCAGGAUAAAAAUAAUUAAUGGCCCUUG